CUGUCCGUCAGCCCGCGGAAACGAGGUCACCAGUGCUCACCUUGACGCUUCGCAGGUGCAUUUGAGCAGCUUGUAAAAACCUCAGGAGGCAUGAGUGCGAUGGAGCUUUACAACAAAGUGGAAACUCAAGAAGUCAAAGUGAGAGAUCUGCAAGCAGCCAAAGCGGAUAAAGCAGAAAUUGACGCUGCCAUCCAGCUGCUGGAGAAGCUGAAAAUGGACUACAAGCAGACAUCAGGUCAGGACUACAAAGCAGGAUGUCCGCCCUCAGACAACACCGAUGAGGACACAGUCGACCCCUGGAACGUCUCCACCUCCAGAGCCAAGGGAGUGGACUAUGAAAAACUCAUAGUGAGGUUUGGCAGCAGUAAAAUUGAAAAGGAGCUGGUGGACAGGAUGGCCAAAGUUACUGGACACAAACCCCACCGCUUCCUGCGAAGAGGAAUCUUCUUCUCUCACAGAGAUGUGCAACAGGUGCUGGAUGCCUAUGAGAAGAACAAGUCCAUGUACCUCUACACUGGCAGGGGGCCGUCCUCGGAGGCCAUGCAUGUCGGACACCUCAUCCCCUUCAUCUUCACCAAGUGGCUGCAGGAUGUGUUUGACAUCCCGCUGGUGAUCCAGAUGACGGAUGAUGAGAAGUACCUGUGGAAGGACAUUACACUUGAGGAGUCCCACUACUACGCUGUGGAGAAUGCCAAGGACAUCAUCGCCUGUGGCUUCGACAUCAACAAGACCUUCAUCUUCUCUGACCUGGACUACAUGGGUUCCUGUCGUGAAUUCUACAGCAACGUGGUAAAGAUCCAGAAGCAUGUGACUUUCAACCAGGUCAAAGGCAUCUUUGGCUUCACAGACAGUGACAGCAUUGGAAAGAUCAGCUUCCCGGCCAUCCAGGCAGCCCCGUCCUUCAGCAACUCUUUCCCCCAGAUCUUUGGAAGCAAGACAGACGUCCCCUGUCUUAUCCCCUGUGCUAUUGACCAGGACCCCUACUUCAGGAUGACCCGUGAUGUGGCUCCCAGAAUCGGCUACCCAAAGCCGGCUCUGCUGCACUCCACCUUCUUUCCCGCCCUGCAGGGGGCUCAGACCAAGAUGAGCGCCAGCGACCCCAACUCCUCCAUCUUCCUCACUGACACACCCAAGCAGAUCAAAGACAAGGUGAACCAGCAUGCAUUCUCCGGAGGGAAGGACACAGUGGAAGAGCACAGGAAGUACGGUGGUGAUCCGGACAUUGACGUUUCCUUCAUGUACCUCACCUUCUUCCUGGAGGAUGAUGAACAACUGGAGAAGAUCAGACAGGACUACACCAGUGGAGCUCUGCUCACGGGAGAACUGAAGAAGAUUCUGAUCGAGACUCUGCAGCCAAUGAUCGCCGAGCACCAAGAGAGACGCAAGCAAGUCACAGAUGAAAUGGUCAAACAGUUCAUGACACCCAGGCCCUUGAAUUUCAAACUCUAGCCUGCUUUAGCAAUUUGAGAUGUAAAGAUCCAUCACCUGGUUAAUUUCAUGUAGGCCGUAUUAUUGUCUUCCAUGAAAAAUGGUUAAUAUUAAAAUUUAAUAAGUAUGAAUUCAGAGGAGCCUAGGUUACCUUAGUCCUGGAAAAAAAAAAAAAAAAAAAAAAACAGGUACAAUUUCUCCAAA